AUCCGGCUCCGGCCACCCGACGCGUAUCAGUAUCCACGAAACGUCUGACGCGGCACGGUCGUCAUAGCGCGCAGCGAUAAAUUAUAUCGACAGUAUCGAUUCGCAUAUUUUAUAUCGCGCAACGUACUUAUACGAAGUGCCGUUUGACGGUCUGCACUCAAUAUUAUAUAGACAUAUUAUACGUGUCGAGCACGCGAGUCGGUGAAUACACACGAAAUCGCGAGCGAUGAAAACGUUACUAUGGUGCUGCUGUUGGGCGCUGAUGUUCGCCUCGGCGUUGCGGCCGUCAAUGUCCACGCCGACGACGGUGAACAGCUCGGAAACGGAACAGCAUGGACGUCGAUUGCACGACGUCGGGACGUCUCAAAACUCUACGGCCACUACGGCUUCGUCUCCGGUGGACGGCGACGAUGACGACAGCGGCAGUCGGGCUUCCGACUCGGGAGAGUUGACCGGCGGUGACCGCGGAGAAGACGACGGCGGUGGCGGUGCGGCCAGCGCCGACGGAACCAACUCUGGCGGCCGGGUGGCCGAACUCUACCAGGACCUCGAGGAUUCGGUGGUGUUCGAAGACUCGGACGGCCACGGUCACGACGGCGGUGCGUCAGUCAACGACGCUGCAGCGGAUCACCAGCCGCUGACCAACUGCGGAUCGGUGCCGGCUGCAGCCUACAGCGGCGAAGCGUCCGCGUCCGCCGAAGAAUACGACGCUGCCUUAGAGGACGCAUCGCCCGCCGGCACCAGCCCUGUCGCCCGGUCGGUCAAAUAUCCCGAGUACGUGCGGUCGUCCAGCUACCGCCGAGGGUGGCCAGGCGGCAACGUCACACGGCCCGAAGAGUUGUUCCGAUUCUGGGACCCGUACGAGUUGACGGCCACGCCUGCCGUGUCGUCCCUGUGCGCCGAGCAUGUGCAACUCUACCAGGCGGCCCUGCGCAACGGCAAAAUGUGGGCUUUCAAAAUGUCAGAUGCUAGUGGACAUUACAGCAGUGGUUAUUUCUGGGGAAAUACAUUCUGGUUAGGAUCAAAAAGUUUGUGUACAGAAAUAUCAGAAUAUGAUGAAGAACUACCUUUCAAACUAGGAUUCAAUAUAAUAAAAACUUACAUUGCACUAAAAGCACCUAUUAAUUAUACGGAGAGGUAUCAGCACUUGGGUUUGUGUUUGCCUUACUCUUGUUCCAAAGACGACGUGGACGAGAUGGUCAAUCAGACCCUGCAUCAAGACAUUCCGGAAAGAGAUGUAAAAGUCGCCAAGGUGAAAUCGCCUCACGAUCACUACGACUUGUUUGGUGAUAGAGUUUUCUGGCUCCUCGUAAUAAUAUCCGCCACAACCAUGGUAUUCCUGAUAUUGGGCACAAGCUUGGACAUGUACUUAGAAAAAAACGACCGUAACAAAAUGAACGGGUUCAUGUUUGACAAUUACAGGUACGCUGUCAGUAGUGCCAAGUUGCAACCGCUCUCCGAACAUUCCAAAAUAGAUCUGGAGUCUGAAUCUUCGAAGAGCUCUGAAACGUUGUCUAAAACCGAACCGAUGACUUGUACAGCAGUGAACAUGUUACUGGCGUUUUCGGUGCGAAGAAACUUAAGACAAAUAUGCGAUAAGUCGAUUGGCGAAGACACGAUAUCCACGGUACACGGUCUCCGAUCAUUGAGCAUGGUAUGGAUUGUUUUGGGCCAUGUUUGCAUCGUUUCAUUUAAAUACUCGGACAAUAUGGAAUUCCGUACCACGGCCGAAAGGCAUUUGUUGUUUCAAUUGAUCAACAAAGCGACGUAUUCGGUAGACACUUUCUUCUUCAUCAGCGGACUUUUGGUUUCAUUUCUCUACUUCAGGACCACGGCAAAAGUGGACGUUAACAAACUUACCAAAACCACAGGUUUUUUGUCAAACUUCAUCGAGUUUAUAGGACUUCUGAUUUACCGAUUCUGCAGACUUACUGCACCGUAUUUCUUCGCUUUGGGCGUCGUACAGCUUACAAUGAAAUGGUUCCAUUAUAAUUCCGUGUUCGACCCCCCGACAGACGACCACUUAAAUUGCCCGAAAUAUUGGUGGAGAAAUCUGCUGUACAUCAAUACUUUGUUCCCCGUUCAAGACAUGUGCAUGCUUUGGAGUUGGUACUUGGCGGACGACACACAAUUCUACAUACUAGGUGUCAUUCUUCUCAUACUAUCUGUUCGGUAUUUCAAAGUAUCGGCAGUCAUUUUAGUGCUUUGUACGGUCGCCUCGUGGUUCACUACCGGAUACAUAGCAUACACUAACAAGCACAUGCCAAACAUUGACGACCCGUUGGCGCUAUUCGACAAGAUCUACGACAAACCGUGGACGAGACUUGGACCAUAUUUCGUGGGCAUGUCCAUUGGAUGGCUGCUGUUCAAGACCGAGUGCAAAAUCAAGAUGAACGCGCUGACCGUGAUUGCGGGGUGGACCAUUUCGUCGGCUGUGCUCUGCAGUUUGAUAUUCGGUGUCCACCAAAUGGAUCUACAUCCGGUCGCUGCCGCCGCGUAUUCGUCGUUGAGUCACACUUUGUGGGCCCUUUGCUUAUCGUGGACAGUGAUCGCUUGCGCCACCGGACACGGAGGUUACAUAAACAAAUUGCUGUCCUGCAAAAUCUUAAUACCGUUCAGUCGGACAACCUAUUGUGCUUACCUUGUUCAUCCGAUCGUCAUCAGGUACGUGGUAAUGAGAAGAGACACUCCGCUUCAUCUGACCGUGGAGACUGUGGCAAUUUUGUUUUUGGGACAAAUCGUCGUGUCUUACAUUUUUGCGUUCAUCUUGUCUAUCGCAUUCGAAGCACCGAUUGUGUCGCUGCUGAAACUCGUGUCACCUACCAAACGGAACAACCACUGAUCAUUUAUAUUUUCUGUAUUUCAUUACAUUGACAUCUAUGCCUAUAAUUUUAUUUUAUUUUAUUAUUGUAUUGUAUUAUACCUACUCGUGACUCGUCCGCUGACAUGACGCAGACUCAAAAACGAGUUUAUCUCAUCCUGUGGACAGACUACAGAUUUGCAAAUUAAAAUAAUUGUACUUACUACUUAUAGUGGCGAGAGUACAGAGUAUUUAUAAAUUAAUUUAUAGUAUAUUUAUGUGUUGAUUAUUUCUUUAAUAACGGAACAUAUUAUUAUAUUAUAUGUUAAUAAUUUUGUUAUUAUAUAAACGAUUUUCGUUUUAAAUGAUUAUAUGUUUACGUACCUACCUAAAAAUGUUAUUGAUUCUUAAAGUAUGUUAUAACUAUUAUUUACGAAUUAGGUUAUUAAUAUAAUAUGCAACAUCUUUUUUAUAUACGUUGUAUUAAUUUAAUGUAACAAAUUAAUUUUAAUUUGACAAUAGAUAUUUUUAAGUAUAUGAUAAUGAUGCACUGCUUCCUAAAUCAUUAAAUAUUGUUAUAAUUUCAUUGUGUAUCUAUUUGUAACAUUUGAAAAAAUAUACGUAAAAUGUAAUAA